AUGGCCCCGAAACGCAAGACGGUCGUUAUCUCUGAUAGCGAUGAAGACGUUCCUCCUCCUAAGCAGAAGAAUUCUCCUCAAAAGAAAUCCAAGUCUUCUGCUUCGUCUUCCGCGCCUGCCUCCUCCUUCUCUUACAAAGAUUACCUCCAACGCCCUGGGCCUGAAAGUCUUGGCUCUAAAUCUAUCCCAGAGGGCGCUCCUGGUUGCUUGAGUGGCCUUACUCUCGUCUUCACCGGUGAACUAGAUAACGUCGGCCGUGAUUCUGCUGUUGAGGCGGCUAAGCGUUAUGGCGCUAAGGUCACUGCCGCACCUUCCGGUAAAACUUCGUAUGUCAUUUUGGGCAGAGAGCCUGGCCCAAAGAAGCUACAGACUAUACAAGAUAAAGGCCUUAAAACUCUCGAUGAAGACGGCUUCUGUAACUUGAUUGCGACUACUUCUCCUUCGCAAGACCCUUCUUAUCUCAACAAAGUAAAGAAAGAUGAAGCUAAGGUUAAGAAAGACGCUGAAGAGAUGGAAGCCAUCGAGAAAGAACAGAAAGCUAAAGAUAAACGCUCUUCAAAAGCCUCAUCCUUUGAAUCUACCUCACCAAACUCUCAACUUUGGACUGUCAAAUACGCCCCCACUCAGCUCAAAGAUAUCUGCGGUAACAAAGGUCAAGUAGAAAAGAUUUUGAAUUGGUUGCAAAAUUGGCAACAUCAAUUACAGGCGGGUUUUCCCUCUGACAAUUCAAAGAAUGAUAUCAAAUCCAAGAGAGCGCUUCUUGUUCAUGGCGCUCCUGGAAUAGGAAAGACUACUGCAGCUCAUUUAGCAGCCAAGAUCGCUGGCUUCUCACCUCUUGAACUAAACGCCAGUGACGUCAGAAGUAAGAAGCUGAUUGAAAACACCACCAACAUCGACAAUACUUCUAUUGAUAGCUUUUUUGGUAGCAACUCUGAGACUCAUCCUCUCAAUCACUCCACUUGCUUGAUUUUUGAUGAGUGCGACGGUAUGUCUUCAGGAGACAGAGGAGGUGUUGGUGCUAUGAACACUCUUAUUAGAAAGACUAGGAUUCCUAUCAUUUGCAUAUGUAAUGACAAGGCGAAUCCAAAAAUGAGACCGUUUCAAUCGACAUGUGGUGACAUUGUUUUUAGAAGACCAGAAGCCACUCAAGUGAGAUCUCGCAUCAUGUCUAUCCUUCACAGAGAAAAAAUGAAAUUGGACCCUGUUGUUGUUGAUCAGCUUGUGAGUGGUUCUCAGUCAGAUAUCAGACAAGUCAUCAACAUGAUUUCAACAUGGAAAUUACUGUCUAGUUCAAUGAAUUUUGAUCAAGGCAAAGAACUGGUUCAACAGAAUCAAAAGUUUACCAUCCAAACACCUUGGACUGUCAUGUCCAAUCUCUUCAGUCCACACAUGUUUGGUGCAACUAGCACUAGCACCCUUGGAUCGAAGGCUGAUUAUUAUUUCCAUGAUCAUAGCUUAAUACCACUUUUCGUUCAGGAAAACUACGUCAAAUGCAAUCCUGCCAAAGCAAGAGAUUCAAAUAAUGAGAAAGCUGAGUUUAAGCGCAUGAAGUAUGCCAGUAAAGCUGCAGAUGCUAUUUCUGAUGGUGAUUUGGUCGAUUCCAUGAUCCAUGGCUCACAACAACAAUGGGGUUUAAUGCCUUUACAUGCCAUGAACUCUACUGUCCGACCUGCUUCCUUUAUGUACGGUGGAUUUAAAAGCUUUGGUAGAGAUACGAUCAGUUUCCCAAUGUGGCUUGGUCAAUAUUCGAAAACAAACAAGAAUAUCAGAGCUUUGGGUGAAAUUCAAGCAAAAAUGAGAGUCAAGGUUAGUGGUGAUCGUGACGAAAUUAGACAGUACUACUAUCCAACAUUGUGGCCAAGGAUGUUUAACCCAUUGACAGAGAGUGUCCCUGAUAUUGAUAGUGUUAUCAACUUGCUGGACAAUUAUAUGCUUUCUAAGGACGACUUUGAUGUUAUGUCUGAGCUAGGUGUUGGUGAUUUGGCUCUUGAAAAGACAGUGAAAUGUAUACCCACGAAGAACAAAACUGCAUUCACGAGAAACUACAAUAACAGAGACCACCCUAUUGCAUUUUCUCGCGGUCAAGUCAUUAAACCAUCAGCCGCCCAAAUUAAGGCUGAGGUACCGGACCACGAAGACGUAUUGGAUGAUGAGGAUGAUAACGUUGUAGAUGUUAAGGAAGAGGAAGACGAUGAAAAUGACGAUGUUACUGCUGAUAAGCUUGUCAAACAACCAAAAAAGCCAGCUGCAUCAAAACGCGGCAAGGCUAGCGCGUCACGCGGUAAGGGUAGCAAAUAA